AUGGGGCAGCAGUUCACCAAUGCUGAAGGGGAACCAACAGAAAUGGAUGUGGCUGAACUGCAGGAGUGGUACAAGAAAUUUGUGGUCGAAUGUCCCAGUGGGACCCUCUUCAUGCACGAGUUCAAGCAGUUCUUUGGGGUCCAGGAUAACCGCGAAGCCUCGGAGUACAUCGAAAACAUGUUCAGGGCUUUUGAUAAGAAUGGGGAUAACACCAUUGACUUUUUGGAAUACGUGGCUGCCUUGAAUCUGGUUUUACGUGGGAAGCUGGAGCACAAGCUGAGGUGGACAUUCAAAAUCUAUGACAAGGAUGGGAAUGGCUGCAUAGACAAACCUGAGCUGCUGGAAAUUGUGGAGGCUAUCUACAGGCUGAAGAAAGUCUGUCGGUCAGAGGUGGAGGAGAGGACUCCACUGCUCACCCCUGAGGAGGUGGUGGACAGGAUAUUUCAGCUGGUGGAUGAGAAUGGGGAUGGGCAGCUGUCUCUUGAUGAGUUUGUUGAUGGGGCCAGGAAGGACAAGUGGGUGAUGAAGAUGUUACAAAUGGAUGUAAACCCUGGGGGAUGGAUCUCAGAGCAGAGGAGGAAGAGUGCUUUGUUCUGAGAGAUUUGUGUUGGUGCAGCUGAAAAUGUGAUGCUGACUGUGAGAGUGGCUCUGACCCCAGUGGGCAGUGACUUUCCUUCUCAACACCAUCUCAGCACCUAGAUGAACACU